AAAGGUUUAGUGUUGGGAGUACACACGAGCAAUGAUGAUAAGGGGAUAGAGCUUACUCCUACAUCUGAGAUAUACAAUAAAAUAUCAAAUGGAAAACUUCUAGAUCAAAUCAAACUGUCGGUCGGGUUAUUCUAAUAACCGCGUCACCAGCAGCAUGGCUUCAAGUCGUGAUGGUAGGAGUAGCUCGGCUUCUUCUCACAGCGGUUCAAACGUACCACCCAAUCGUUCGUCGAUACGCACUCCAAAAAGACCACGACCUACGACCAGCUGCACCCUCGAUGAAAAAAAUACCGACUUUCUCUGCCCUGUAUGUUUCAAAUUGAUCGAGGAAGCGCAUAUCACUAAGUGCGGCCAUACCUACUGCUAUUCUUGCAUAACUAAAUCAAUCGAAACUCAAAAGCGGUGUCCAAAAUGUAACGCUUUCGUAAGUGUGGAGGAAAUAUUUCCAAAUUUUUUGCUAAAUGAUCUGAUAAAGAAACACAAACUUCGGAUCAACGGGUACGAAGCCCUCGGUCUGACUAGGGACAGUUCGGGAGAAUUUUCCUCUUCCGCGGAUGGUUUGAGAGAUUUCGUGGCUAGCGAGUCGCAAAAUUUGACUUUACCGGACGUUAACGUUAUGCUCGAAGUUUUGACGCAGCGCAAGCAUCUCUUGGAGGCAGAAUCUUGCGCCGCACAGAAUCGGUUACUCCUCGAGUUCCUCCGACAUCUCUUGAAGCAGAAGCGGGAAAAACAAGCGCAAAUCGCCAAAGAGAUCACCGUGAUUGAAAGUGACUUAUGUGAAGUUGGCAACAAGUUGAAAGAAGUGCACAGCAAGUGUCCCACCCUGGAGGAUGUCGAACGAACAGCCGCGGGAGCUUCCGAAACUGACGCUUUAACCGUCAACGCCAUGAAGAAGGAGAUGAUCGAGAUCAUAGAUAAAAUGGGGUCGUCUAUUGGCUACCCAAUAGACGUUCGGGAUAAAAUCCCUUUUAUCCCGAACGCUGGUUUCACGUUGCGGCGCAGAAGGAUGCAUGACUACUUCGAUGAUUUUGUAGAAUCUUAUUUGUCGUAUCGUUCGAAAGACGUGUUUUUCGGAAAAGAAAGUCUGGAUAAAACUGCCAAACCUGCCCUGGAACUGAACCCAGGGCUGGACCAAUUUCGAGAAAGUCUAAUCAAGUUUUCGACGUACAACUCCCUACGUGUUCUUUCAACUUUAAACUACUCCAGUGAUCUGUUCAAUAACUCUACGAUAGUGUCGAGCAUAGAAUUCGACAAAGACAAUGAGUAUUUCGCGAUCGCAGGUGUCACCAAGCGGAUAAAAGUGUUUGAUUACGGAGGGGUCGUUAAAGAUAUCGUUGGCAUCCAUUACCCUUGCAUAGAAAUGAUUUCGAGGUCGAAAAUUUCUUGCAUAAGCUGGCACAAUUAUCUUAAAAGCACACUGGCUUCCAGUGAUUACGAAGGGACCGUCACAAUAUGGGAUGCCUCGACGGGACAACGGACUAAGACCUAUCAGGAACACGAAAAACGUUGCUGGAGCGUGGAUUUCAACUGCGUCGACACUCGCUUGAUCGCUUCUGGCUCCGACGAUGCGAGAGUGAAACUGUACUCUCUCAAUGAGGAGCAUUCCGUGGCCACUCUGGAAGCUAAAGCUAAUGUUUGUUGUGUAAAAUUCAAUCCACGCAGCUCCUGGCAUCUAGCUUUCGGCAGUGCCGAUCACUGUGUUCACUAUUAUGAUUUAAGAAACAUGAAAGAGGCUGUGAGCUUAUUCAAGGGCCAUAAGAAAGCUGUGAGCUACGUAAAAUUUUUGAACAGUGAAGAAAUAGUUUCGGCAUCGACGGAUUCUCAACUUAAAAUGUGGAGCAUCAAUACCCCACACUGUCUCAGAUCUUUCGUAGGACAUACUAAUGAGAAAAAUUUUGUUGGCCUGGCUACAGAUGGUGAUUAUGUAGCUUGCGGUUCCGAAAAUAACGCUUUGUAUGUAUAUUAUAAGGGGCUUAGUAAAAAAUUGUUCACUUAUAAAUUUGAGGCUAUUGAAGGCGUCCUUGAAGUAGAAAGACGUGAGGAUGAUUCCAGUGAAUUCGUAUCUGCUGUUUGUUGGAAGCAGAGCUCUAAUGUAGUUGUGGCGGCAAACAGUAGGGGUAUGAUAAACAUUUUAGAACUUGUUUAGUUAUUCCAUCGAUGGUGAAUGUAUUUAUUUUUGUUAUAUUUUAUUGUUGACUAUGUGUAUAUAUUGUAAUUAUGAUUUAUUUAUAACGACAAUCACUUCCGUUAAUUUGAUGAAGACAAACAUUUUUUUCAGUUUUAGUAUCAAUUCUGUUCGUUCAACUUAUUUCGGAAAAAGUUACUGAAAAGUUAUGUUGAAGGAAGUUUGAUUCUUAUGAUUGUAAACGGCUUCAAAUAUAUCAGAUUCAUGAGUAAAUCUGCAAUACAGGCACCA